AUGUCGAUCUUGAUCAAGAAUGGCAUUGUGGUCAACGAGGACUCGAUGCAACGUGCCGACGUGCUCAUUCACGACGGGGUUAUCAAGUACGGUGGUUUUGGGGCAGUGUUACCUAAAAAAUUUUUUUUUGAAAAUUUUUUUUUUCAAAUUUUAAAUUAAAAGUGACCUGUUUUAGCCUAGAACAAUAAAAAAUCAUUACAGAGCCGUAGGUCCACUAAUAGAAGCCAUUGACAGUAACACAGAAGUCAUUGAUGCCACUGAUCGCUAUGUGAUGCCAGGAGGUAUCGACCCUCACACUCAUAUGCAACUACCUUUUAUGGGUGAAGUCGCAGUAGAUGACUUUUACUCUGGUACUAGGGCUGCUCUUGCUGGUGGUACCACUAUGGUAAGAAAAAUUAUUUUGACGAAAUGUCACAAAAAUUAUUGGUUUUUUAUUUAUAGACGGAAUGUCACAAAAUUUAUUGGUUUUUAUACGAAGUGUCACAACUUAAGAAAUACUUUAAAAAUAAUUUUUAUUGUUUAGAUAAUUGAUUUUGUUAUCCCGGACAAACAGACCACACCAUUAGAAGCCUACCAUCAGUGGAGAAAGUGGGCCGAUGACAAAGUAUGUUGUGACUAUGCUCUAUCAAUGGCCAUAACCUCAUGGAACGAUCAGGUAAAACAACAAAUGCAAGCUCUGACCAGCCCCGAGUACGGCAUCAACUCGUUCAAGUUCUUUUUGGCCUACAAGAACGUGUUCAUGGUGGAGGAUCACGAGUUCUUCCAAGGCCUAAAACAAUGUGCUACCGUUGGUGCACUAGCCCGAGUUCAUGCUGAAAAUGGCCCAGUAAUAGCAGAGAAGCAACGAGAACUGUUAGAACUUGGUAUCACUGGUCCUGAAGGCCAUACUCAAUCCCGGCCGGAAGAACUCGAAGCCGAAGCAACGCAUCGUGCAUGUAUUCUGGCUUCACAAGCCGACUGUCCUUUAUAUGUUGUUCAUGUGAUGUCAAAAGGUGCGGCCAGAGCUAUUGCCAACAGUAGACAGAAGGGAAAUGUGGUAUUUGGUGAGCCAAUUGCAGCUGGACUGGCUUGUGAUGGUUCACAUUAUUACGAUAAGGAUUGGGAACACGCGGCCAAGUACGUGUUGUCACCACCCUUAAGCAGAGACAAGGGUACGCCUGAGGCUUUGAUGGAUUUGUUGGCGUGGUGAGUUUAUUACUCUAUUCUGUCUUAUAGUACUCAUCCUAUUCUACCCUGCCCUACAGUACUCUUUCCUACUUUACCCUAUCCUAAUGUACAGUAAUAAAAACAUUUUCAGUGGCCAGCUCCACCUAACAGCCACAGACAACUGCACCUUUACCUGCUCACAGAAGAAAAUCGGCCAAAACGACUUCACCAAGAUUCCAAACGGUGUCAACGGUGUAGAAGAUCGUAUGUCCAUCGUAUGGGAAAAAGGCGUAUAUUCCGGCAAAAUCGACCCAAUGCGUUUCGUAUCCAUCACAAGUGCUACGGCCGCCAAAAUCUUCAAUUGUUACCCAAAGAAAGGCCGAAUCCAAGCCGGAUCCGACGCCGAUAUUGUGAUAUGGAAUAAGGAUACGGUGAAGACGAUAUCAGCUCAACAUCAUCAUCAAGCUGUCGAUUACAACAUAUUCGAAGGCAUGGAGAUUCACGGAGAAGCCGAAAUCACGAUCAGUAGAGGGAAGACCGUGUGGAGGAACGGGGAACUGAUAACGAUGGCUGGAGCUGGCAGGUUUGUACCAUUGGAACCAUGGUGUGCUCACGUGUUUGGUACCAUUGAGGCUAGGAAAAAUGUAGGUUUUUAAUGUUGAUGUUGUUUUAGGUAUGAAAUUAUUAUUUUUAUAGGUAUAGCGCACAACAGGCUUAGGCUAACUUUAAGCUUAAUUUUAGGCUAACUUAAGCUGAAUUUUAGGCUAACUUUGGUCAUAAUCUGAGGCUUAGCCUAAUUGUUACCUAAAUUAAGAUCUCGUGAACUAAUGGCCUCAAAACAAUUUUUGUUUAUCAGUUGUUUCGUAUACCCUCUUUCAACUCUUUUUACGUAUGCUCUUACGUUCCAAAUCCAUCAAUAUAAGUUAUAUUAUCCAUGGCUGUUUGGAAACGUGAAAAGAAGGAUAAAUUGACGUAAUUUAGCAUUAUACAGCAGUUUUUUUUAAAUUUUAGAGCUAUUUUGGCGAGUUGUUACCUAAAAUUAUCGAAACUUGUUCUUAUUACGUAAAACUAAAAAAUUGUUACCUAAAAUUAUCAAAAAUGAUCUUUAUUACCUAAAACUAAAAAAUUGUUACCUAAAAUUAUCAAAAAUGAUCUUUAUUACCUAAAACUAAAAAAUUGUUACCUAAAAUUUGAAAAUGCGAACGUUUAAGCCUAAAUAUUUUAGCACCGAAAGCCGAAGCUUGUGAUACGUGAAACAGAUGUUCGAAACAACAAUCUGAAAGCAGGUAAGGGUGAUUUAUCUCCAAUGAAUGUUCCAGACGAACCAAUUCAAGUGGAUUAG